AUGAAUAUGGGAUAUUUAAAUUUUUUACCCAAGAAUAACAAUACAACCAGAGUUACAAUACUAUCACCGCAACUGAUCCCACAAUUAUGUCAUCAAAACAUACAAUACUUUGUCAAUGGAAAGGACUUUGUGUUAGCCGUGACCAAGGCUCAGGAUUUAAGGCCUUUUAGCACUAUUCAUCAUCACUCACGGCUCGUGAUUAACACAAAUAGGAUUUAUGCGUUUGGCAAUAAUGGCCGUGGUCAAUUGGCGCCAGCGAUAAUAACUUGUUUGAAUAAUCUAAAUAUCACACAAAUCAGUUGCGGUAGUUAUAAUACACUGGCGCUGACCGGUGAUGGCCGGGUAUACUCCUGGGGUGACAAUAGCUAUAAAGCAAUUGGCUGUAAAGGCGGCGGUGAUAUUGGUUGCGAUGGCAACAAUGAAAAUGUAAAUAACGAUAAUUUAAGUGAUACCGAAACCGUGUCGUGUAGUGAUGGUAAUUAUAAAACACAAUUCAUUGAGAUGUCAGCCAUAGGUUCGGGUGGUUUUGGGACUGUAUUUAAAGUAAAACAUAGAUUGGAUGAUAAGAUAUAUGCCGUUAAAAGAGUACUAUUUGGAGAUUUUAGUAAAGAAAAGAAACAAAAAAUCCUAAAAGAAGUGAAAUUAUUAUCAGAAUUGGACUCAAAAUUUGUGGUCAAAUAUUACAACUCGUGGUCCGAAGGGAAACAUAUGUUCAUUCAUAUGGAGUACUGCUCGCAAACACUCGGGUCUGUAAUCCGAGACAAACCCAUAGUAUUUGGCAGACAAUCGUCGGACGCAAUGAAUAUCUACGAGUAUUUUAUAUCGUGUGAAAUACUUCGGGAACUUUUGCAAUGUUUGCAAUAUCUUCACGGUUUGGAUCCGCCGAUCAUUCACCGGGACUUAAAACCCGAAAAUGUGUUAAUUGUUAGCAACACUAGUAAUGAUACGUUUGUAAAACUCGGUGACUUUGGUAUUGCCGUUAAACACAACAUGGUAUCCAUGAGCCAUACGGUUAGUGUCGGUUCAGCACAAUAUAUGGCACCCGAAGUGUUUCAAAGUCGAUACACAUCUAAAGUAGACAUCUAUAGUCUGGCAUUGGUUUCACAGCAUUUGUUUGAUUUAUUCAAUAUUGAUAAUCCUUUGGAAAUAUACAAUUUGACCGCAUUUUCGGCCAAUUUUAACAAACUGUAUGAAAUGAUUGGACAUAUGUUUCAGUCAAUGGCCGACAAUCGGCCGACCAGUAAUCAAGUACUACAGGAAUACAACUACUGGUCAGUCGAUAGACAUUUUAAGAUAUUUAGGAACUUAACUUAA